CCAUCGACGCGGCAGUGAAUAUUUAGCAAGUUAGCUGCAGACUAGCAACAAAUGUCCAUCCAGAACUGAUUUAUACUUUUCAGGCACAAUGAGACGGUUGCGCUUAUUUCUAAAUUUGCUGCUUCUGACGCAGGCAGGUGUAAUAGCCCAGAUUAAACCAAGUAUUUGCAUCUACUCUUUGACGACCUCGAGUAACUUCCAAGGAAAAAUAUGCAAGGGAACCCUGAUUUUCGAAGAUAACUUCACCAAACUAGACCCUCAGAAAUGGACCCACGAGAUCACAAUGGCCGGCGGUGGAAAUAACGAGUUUCAAAUCUACUGGAACGGCUCUGUUGCGCCGCCAAAUGCGUCAGCCAACGUUUUCAUCACGGACAGCAGUGUUUUGAACAUCAAACCCAACUUCCUGGCGUCGACCUACAGCGAAAACUUCCUCACUUCCGGCAACAUCAACCUGGGCAAAUACUGCACGGCGAGCUGGAACAAUGGCUGCAACCGGACCGGCAGCAGCUCGCUCAUCCUGCCUCCGAUCACGUCAGCGAGGCUGCACACCAUCAACACUUUCAGCUUCAGAUACGGCACCGUCCAGGUCCGCGCGCAGCUGCCCGCCGGCGACUGGAUUUGGCCGGCCAUAUGGAUGAUGCCGAAGAAGAGCACCUAUGGCACCUGGCCUCGCUCAGGUGAAAUCGACAUAAUGGAGUCGCGAGGCAACCGCGACCUGGGCUCCUUCAACGGCGGCACCAAUAUCGGCGUCGAGAUGUCGUCAUCAACGCUGCACUGGGGCCCUGAUACGGCCAACAACCGCUUCCGCAAGACCAACUGGGAGCGCAAAACUGCCAAGGGAAACGGCUAUGACAAGGCCUUCCACUUGUACGAAGUCCAGUGGACUCCAGACUACAUCAAGUUCAGCAUUGACGGCAAUGAGACCGGGCGAGUUACUCCUUCAUCUGGCGGAUUUUGGCAAUUGGGCAACUUCAGCUCCUCGCUAACCAAUAUUUGGGCAAAUGGCACCAAGAUGGCUCCAUUCGACCAAGAGUUUUUCCUUAUCUUGAACGUGGCGGUGGGCGGAACAACUGGAAUGUUCCCUGACGGCAUUUCCAACCCGAAACCGAAACCAUGGAGCAAUGCGUCACCCAACACGGCGUUUAAGGACUUCUGGAGUAAGCGAGCUGACUGGGAACCGACCUGGAAGACAGAUGGCACGACCGCGCUCAAGAUUGAUUACGUCCGAGUUUACGCUUUGUAAACUCUUGGGUUCCUAUUUAGUAUGGGGUUUUAAGGUUUUUUUCUGAGUUUUGAUGGGAACAUUUAAUAAAAGAUUGUGAGCCUGUUUUAAGUUUGUAUUUUGAUUAUUAUUAAUAAAUUUCUUAAUUCAUAACAUUA